UAGAUAUAGGAGCCAUUUCUCUACACUCGUUCUGCCUUGAUGUUCCUGGAUUCUCUCGUUUUCGAGACGAGAAAAGCCUCGAACGUCGGGAGAGGAAGGCAACGAAACUGACGAUUGACCACGAACAUCCGGGACGUCGUGGGAUGGUUGUGUUGUUGUUAUUUCCACCAGAAUACUGUUAUAUAUUAUGGCACUGCUGCAGACAUUAUAUCAAAACAUGCCCAUGACAAGACGUUCCGAAUCAACCUCACCAGCUUGCGAACUUCAAUUUUUCGAAGAAAACGGAAGAUGUUUCGUAAUUUAAUUUCGAUUUCCGGUCGUCUUGGUUUCACGAGUGGCCAUUUCUCUACUACAGUACAGGGGUGGCGAUGUUGUGUUUUGUUACCUGUGUAGAAAGGGGCUUACUCUCAAACAAGUGAAGUCUAAGCCUGAUGUUGGUGUUGUAAGUAAACCAUCUAGCUAGAUAUUUAAUUAAUUGUUUUAUACGUCUAUUAAUGAAUUAGUUAAUAUUAACCAAUGCAUCUAAUCAAUAUAUAUAUAUAUAAACGACUAAUUAAUUGCAUAAAUUCAUAGGCGUAGAAAUAUCUUGACGAUUUUUGAGUCAAACACUUAUUCAUUUAUUCUAUGUAGCAUUUGGGAGUAAUACAGUGAAUUACUAGUGCCCUUUGUCAUCAAAGACGGUUUCUACGCAUAGAUGUAGGAUCUCGGAGGGCACUGGGGGCUCGUGCCCCUCAACUUUUCUAGCUGUCAAGUGACCUGCUAAUAUAUAAAGGUGACAGACGUAGAAACUGAUAACAUUGAUAUGACACACUAACAUGGUUUAUUGUUUCUUGCUGUGUAGCAUGCAUAUAUAAUACAUGAUUAAUAAAUAAUACAUUGAGCCUGUUUCUGCAGAGCCACUCCCUCUUAGGCAAAUGUGUGCCCCUUCAACCGAAUCUAGGUUCCUACGCCUAUGCUAUGCCUAUGAUAAUAACAUAAAUUAAUGUACGAUGCAUUUGACUUGUACAAAAGGAAACCCCUCUUGAAAACCUUGUGUAUGCAACUUGUUUCAGUCUGCAUAUUGAAUUGAAUCGUUGAUGAAUCACUUCCUAUUUGUAACUGCGGCUUGGUACGGCUGUCAGAACAUGGCCAGGCUGCUUCUACGUGCUGUUUCUGUUUCUUCUCGCUCUUUCAACUCUACCAGCUUUAACAAAUUGACACAGAGCAUCCCGUCAACGGCAGAUGUUGUUGUGGUGGGUGGUGGAGUCAUUGGUUCGUCAACUCUGUAUCAUUUGAGCAAGUUGGGUGUCAAGGAUUGUGUGUUGGUGGAGAGAAAUCGUGUGACGUCGGGUACCACUCAUCACAGUGCAGGGUUGCUGUGGAGACUGAGACCAAAUGAUGUUGAUGUGCAGUUGCUGCAUAGGACGAGGGAUAUGGUGAGGGAUGAGUUGGAGAAGGAGUCGGGAAUUUCACCAGGAUUUGUGGAGAAUGGAAGUCUGUUUGUUGCUUCGACAAAGGAGAGACUUGAUGAAGCCAAGAGGCUUUUGACUUUAGGAAGGUUGUUUGGUGUUGAUUCCCAUGUAUUGGAUCCAAGUGAAACUAAAUGUCUUUUUUCUCUAAUGAAUGUGAGUGAUUUGUACGGAUCGUUGUACAGUCCAGGAGAUGGAGCAGUUGAUCCAACUGGUUAUGUUAACUCACUCAUUAAAGCAGCAACAAAUCGAGGAGCAAAGGUUAUUGAGAAUUGCCCUGUUACUGGAGUGCAAGUAGAUAUCAAUGAUUUUGGUUUCAAGCAAGUGUCUGCUGUUCACACACCACACGGCUCUAUCAAGACAAACUGCAUCGUCAACUGUGCAGGAGUAUGGGCACCCAAACUUGGAGCUAUGGCCUCAGUUGCCAUUCCACUGUUAGCAAUGCGGCAUGCAUACAUCAUCACUCAGCAAAUAGAUGGAAUAAAGGACAAACCAAACGUUCGAGAUCAUGAUUCAUCUCUAUAUCUUCGAGUACAAGGAGAAGCACUUGUCAUUGGAGGCUACGAGAGCAAUCCAAUCUUUUGGGAAGAAGUGGAGGACGACUUUGCAUUUAGUCUUUUUGAUCUAGACUGGGAUGUAUUUAGUCAGCAUAUCAAUGCUGCAGUCAACAGAGUGCCAAUCAUUGGACAAACACCAAUUCAGUCGACUGUUUGUGGGCCAGAAUCGUUUACUGCAGACCAUCGACCUUUAAUGGGUGAAGCAGUAGAAGUUAGAGGAUUUUAUCUCGGUUGUGGAUUCAACUCUGCUGGUAUUAUGUACAGUGGAGGUUGUGGAGAGCAACUGGCUCAUUGGAUUGUCAAGGGAUCACCGACAGUUGACAUGUUUAAUUAUGAUAUUAGAAGAUUUCAUCACUCUGUUGUCUCUGAUAAGACAUGGUUAAAAUCAACUAGUCAUGAGGCAUACGCAAAGAAUCAUUCGAUUGUGUUUCCAAAGGAUCAGCCGCUUGCUGGUAGAAACAUGAGGAAAAGUCCAUUUCACGAGUUGUUGUUGAAUGCCGGGUGUGUGUAUCAGGAGAAACAUGGCUGGGAAAGACCAGGAUGGUUUUCUACAGACACAAUGAGAAAAGGGAAAUCAACUGCAGUAAAGGAUUAUGAUUUUUAUGGAGCCUACAACAUGAAGGCACACGAAGAUUACCUGUACCGUGAUCUUUUAAUGAUGGACUACAAGUUUAGCUUCAGCGAUUGUCAUGAGCAAAUUGGGAAAGAGAGUCUUACUUGUCGUGAGGGUGUGGCCGUGUUUGACAUGUCUUUAUUUGGCAAGUUUUACUUGACAGGACGUGAUGCACAAAAGGCAGCCGAUUGGAUCUGCACUAAUAAUGUGAAUCACAAUGCAGGUCGUAGUGUGUAUACAUGUAUGUUGAAUAGUCAUGGUGGAGUGGAGAGCGAUUUGGUGUGGCACGUCGUCAACCCAGAAGAGACUGGAAUACAGAAUGUUGUAGGUGACAAGGCGUUCUACAUCACAUCUGGUGGUGGUUCUGGCCAACACGACUUCUGCCAUAUCAACAACAUUAUCAACGACAUGAAGUUUGACUGCCAAUUGAGAGACAUCACGGAAAACUUAGGUGUAUUGAGUGUGCAAGGCCCAUUGAGUCGGCAAUUGCUUCAAGAGCUGACAACAUCUGAUCUCAGUAAUGGUUCCUUUCCUUUCAGUACUCAUCAGGUUAUUGAUAUUGCAGACAAGCCAGUCAGAGCCCUGAGGCUGACUUUUGUUGGUGAACUCGGCUGGGAGCUUCAUAUUCCUGAAUCAUCAUGUUUGCAUGUGUACAAUGCUCUGAUGGAGGUGGGCAGACAGUACGGCAUUAUGAAUGCUGGUUAUCGUUCUAUUGAUUCGUUGAGUAUUGAGAAAGGAUAUCGACAUUGGCAUGAAGAUGUGAGAGCAGACGACAGUCCUCUUGAGGCAGGACUCGGAUUUACUUGUAAACUCAAAUCUAAUGUACCAUUUUUGGGUCGAGAAGCAAUAGAGAAAGAAAAAGCACGUGGACUAAUGAAGAAACUAUGCUGUUUUACAGUUGACAAAAACCAAGUUCUGUUUGGUUUGGAGGGCAUUUGGCGUGAUGGCGUGUGUGUUGGUUAUCUACGUCGAGCAGACUAUGGAUACUGGCUGCAGAAGAGCAUCGGCUAUGGAUACGUUUCCCAUCCAGAUGGUCUUACUGUUAGUAAUGAAUUUCUAGGGGAUGGUCACUACACUAUGGAAGUGAUGGGAGAUGCCAUUCCGGCCACUCUGCACUUGGAAUCACCAUUUGAUCCAAAGAACAAUCGAAUCAAAGGAUCAUAUGAUGCCGACAACAAGAAACAAGUUACAUAGGACGUAUUUAUAUUCAAUAAAAACAAUACAAAUAGAUUUACAUGCAAUCAAUCAACGAAUACCUAAAAUGAAAUAAUUGAAGCAGAUGUCUAGCUAGACCGUAGCAAUCGUCUUCUUUUUACACGUGCACAUACUUGUAGGUUUCAUUUGUCUAAUACGCGCUUUUUAAAUUAUUGCCAAUAGAAGGAAAUAUUGCCAAUUAAGUUAAUAGAAGGAAAUCGUCAUAUCUCACCGAAUAACUUUUUCUAUAAAAGUAAUGUGAUGUGAGAUAAUUAAAUAAUUUAUUUAGUAUGAUAUCAAUCGGAGUUGAGUUUAGA